CGUUACUCGUCAUUCUGUUUUCUCCUUUAAGUUCACAUAUUCCCCUUUCGAUCGUCACUUUUCCUUUCCUCUCUUUCUCUCCCUUCUCUCUCCUCUUUUUCCUCUUUUUCCCUCUCUCUAUCCUCUCUCUUUCAACCCUUUUACUCUGUCACUCACUCCCCCCCCUUCUCUUGCUUUAGACCCCUCUUGUCGUUCGAAACUAUUCCCGCUCGAAGACCCCCAUUCCGCUCUCCCUCUCCGCUCCGACUGUAUUUAUAGCCAGCCGAUUCGUUUCCGCCUGACGAACUGCCCGCAACUCCGCCACAGUCUCGACCCCUCGGAUCUGUUAACCGCACCGUUACCUUCGCAUUCAUUCAUUGUUCAUACAUGCUUUUUUUUUGUCAAUCUUCUCCUUAUCGUAUACACAACCCCAUUGAAGCCUAUGAUCUAUCUUUCCAGAUCGUCACUGUGCCGGAUCGAUCGUAGUGGCCAUGGAGGGAAACGGUAGAGCGAGGGACGGCACCGAUAAUGCCCCCAUAAGACCGGUAUCUUCCCUUCUGUCUCAUUUUGAGAACCUAUCCCAUCGCCGAGCACCAUCCGCGUCACCAAACGGCCCCCGCGACUCGUCCUUGAAUCUGAAAUCACCCGAACCCGUCGAUGACUUCCGCUCAGUCCGCGCCUCUUUGGACAUGUCUCGUCCGCGGUCUCCUUGGGUCCCCUCAACAGACCUUCAGAAUAGCCAGCGGGCCGAGUACACCAACGGGGCUCCGCUUCGACGCGGGGUCUCCCCCGGACGGUCGCCAGGCGGACGGCAAAGCAGACCCAUGUCGAUGAACCUACAUUCCUCGCCGCAACUUGCGCCCACGCUCACAGUAGACUCACCGCGAUCUCCCCCACGGGGGUUUGGGACGCACCCCGACCACACGGAAGAUAUCCGGACGUCUCGUACGCCACCGAACGCUGCGCGGGAAUCAUUGCCGCCUAGGCCAAUUGCUCAGGGGAGCUAUUUUCCCCGACCAACAACUCCCACCUAUCCGUCAUCUGUGCCAACCGAACACAGGGUGGCUCACCUGUCCCCCAAUCAUCAAGGUUCCCCGGUAUCGACGCGCGACAAUGCUUCGGAGCGACGGUUGAAGAGUGCAUCUUUACCGCCGCCCGCCAACCGAGCAGAGAAACCCAAGAUCCCUGUUAAGCCCGCAGCUCUCUCAUUCCAAGAUGGGAACGGCCUUACCCCUCGCCAGGAGCAUACGAAUAUGGAAGAUCGGAUAUCCCCCUUCAACACUCCCCCUGGGAGUCCGGACAAAUCUCCGCCAAACCCCCCGUCUGCCACAAGGCCGCAACCUCCGCCGUCACCCUCUCGCCCCGUACCUCCGCCGGCUCGGAGAUCAUUCGAUGAAAGGCGACCCCUCCCGAGUACUCUUGGCUUGCGAGAGGUGCCGGAGCCACCGCCGCAACCGCCUCGGCGGCCAUCCCCCACACCUACACGAGACACGAGGCCCUUGAUGGUCCAAAUUCCGCCGCGGCAACCCGCUCAACCAGAAGUAAUGUCUAGUAUCCCACACACGGCUCCUCGUUUCCAGGCGGUUGGUAGCCCCAGAGAACCUCCCGGGUUGCCCCCGCGGAAUCCAUCGGUAAGCCAUCGGGGUACGGGGGCUGCGCUGGAUCGUUUGAGGAGUCCGGCACAGGCUGAGUGGCCCCCUCGGCCUGAAUCGCGCCCGCACCAUACAGAGGAGGUUCACACGCCAAGACAGCUCCAGCGGCAGCCAUCGUUUUCGCGAGAGACCAAACCUGCGCCUCCUCCCGCCAUCCCCGAGCGACCCGUUGUCGAACGCCCAGUUGUGGAGAGGCAGCUUGUGCGUCCGGUUCCCGCUCCCGCUCCCAGUGAAGACGAGCAGCCGCUCGAUGAGGCCCCGGCCCCACGGACGGAUUACCCGGAUGCAUCUUUUGCUAACCGACGUCCGCCACUCCUGAAGAAGGGCCCCUAUGAGAUUCCCACACGAUAUGAUACGCGGCUCAUGGAUGUGUGUGGGAAGUACGUAUGUACGACGGGAUACCUAACACGUGUUUGGGACCUCACGACGGGUGACCUGAUCAUGACUCUCAGCCACGGUGAAACCGUCAAAUGUUUAUCGUUGGCUUUCAAGCCGGGGAAGAGCUUGGAGGACGAGGGGCAGCGACUAUGGCUUGGAACAAGCGCGGGCGAUCUUCACGAGGUUGAUAUCGCGAGCCAAUCAAUUGUCACGUCACGAUCGUAUCCCUCCCGCAGGGAAGUGAUUAAGAUCCUUCGGCACAAAAAGGAGAUGUGGACUUUGGAUGAUGAGGGGCGCUUGCUUGUCUGGCCGCCAGACGAGUCAGGCACUCCUAACCUUCAGUAUAGUUACCAUAAUCCUUAUGAUCGGGUUGCGCGUGGGCAUACAUUCUCGAUUGCAGUAGGCGACACGCUGUGGUUGGCAACGGGGAAGGAAGUACAAGUCUAUCGACCAAAUGCCCGUGACGAUGUGUCCUUUAAAGUGCUCAAGAGGCCGCUGGGCUCACAACAUUCGGGAGAGGUGACGUCUGGUGCUUACACUACUAAGUAUGGCGGCCGUGUGUAUUUGGGACACGCUGACGGUAAGGUGACUAUAUACUCGGCCGGCGAUUAUACGUGUCUUGGUGUUGUAAAUGUGAGUGUCUACAAGAUCAACUGCUUGGGCGUUGUUGGCGAUUAUCUUUGGGCUGCGUACAAGACGGGCAUGAUCUACGUGUAUGAUACCUCGACGAAUCCGUGGCAGGUGCGCAAGGACUGGCGGGCCCAUGAUAGUCCUGUGAGCGGAUUCCUUCUAGACACUAGCAGUGUGUGGACGUUGAAUCGACUCCAAGUGACAUCGUUGGGGACGGAUAACUGCAUUCGCCUGUGGGACGGUAUGCUUGAGGAUGAUUGGAUGGAAUCUCGGAUGCAAGCCAAGGACGUGGAGUACUGUUCUUUCCGGGAGAUCCGCGCUGCGGUUUUGACGUGGAAUGCCGGAGCCUCCACUCCAGGCAGUGUGCGUACAUCUACCUUUAUUCAGGACGCUAUACAUCCCGAGGAUCCGCCAGAGAUUAUAGUAUUCGGCUUCCAGGAACUUGUGGAUCUCGAGAAUAAGAAAAUCACAGCCAAGAGCUUGCUCAUGGGAAGUAAGAAGAGGGAAAACGGCGAGAAGGAGCAUAUGAGCCGCCAGUACCGCGUAUGGAUGGAACAUUUAACACGCUGUAUCAACGAGUGCAUGCCUCUUGAGGAGUCGUAUGUCCUUUUGCACAGCGCGGAUCUGAUUGGUCUGUUCACUUGCAUUUUUGUGAAGCAUAAAGAGCGAUCAAGGAUCAAGGAUAUGAACGCUGCAGAGGUGAAGCGUGGAAUGGGAGGGUUGCAUGGCAACAAAGGUGCACUGAUCCUCCGCUUUGUUUUAGAUGAUAGUUCUCUGUGCUUUGUCAACUGUCAUUUGGCAGCCGGGCAGUCGCACACGGCGCACCGUAACAAUGAUAUAGCUGCCAUCCUGGAAUCAGAGUGUCUUCCAUCUGAAUCUAGUCUCAUGGCCCGCGCGGAUCGUUUUGUUAGCGGCGGAGAUGGGUCGAUGAUCAUGGAUCAUGAGAUCUGUAUCUUGAACGGAGAUCUUAACUAUCGCAUUGACUCCAUCCCCCGCAACGUCAUCAUCGACGAUAUUCGUAAAAACAACUUCACGAAGCUGCUCGAAAGGGACCAAUUGCUGGCAUCGAGACGCAAAAACCCGGGUUUCCGCCUGCGAUCUUUUACCGAGGCCCCCAUCACCUUUGCGCCGACCUACAAGUACGACGUAGGCACCGAUGAUUACGACACUAGCGACAAGAAGCGUUCUCCCGCCUGGUGUGAUCGUGUCUUGUAUCGGGGAAUUGGUCGGGUGAAACAAAUCGAAUACCGGCGACACGAAGCCAGGGCCUCUGACCAUCGCCCAGUCAGCGCAUCGUUCAAACUCCGGGUCAAGACCGUCUUGCCCAAAGAACGUGCUACCGUAUGGGAAUCUUGCCAACAGGAGUUCCAACAGGAAAAACGCCGACUUGCAUCGGAAGCAAGUAUUGAAUACCUCAUCAGCGUCCUCGGCACUGAUCCCCAACAAGCUCGAGAUUUGAUCCUGAGGAAUGGCAACUAAUUCACCGUAUCGCUACACCCCUUCGUUCAUUGUUCUCCCCUAUAUGCUGUUACAUUGGUUUUCGAGAGGUUAAGACACUAGAGAUUAGCACAAGGCGAUGUGUACGACUAAUGAUUUCACGAUAGAUAUGUAUCAUGAGCUGGAUUAGAUUAUGGGGAUGGGUAGAGUAGUCACUGUCUUAAUUUUAAUUUUGCUGUAUUUAUAUGACCCCAGCGCUCCUGG